UCGAUGUGAUUUUGCGCAGCUUACAGUUUUUCACCUGCAGAGGUACAGAGUUUACGAUUUUUCCUUUCUAGCAAGAGAAAGCCUAAGGUUUCUCAUUUACAGAGAGAGAAAUAGGGACAUUUACAGGGCUUGAUAGUCGAGGAGGCGUUGGCGAUGGAGAAAGUUCCGGUGAUUCUGCUUCAUAAUGCCUUGGUGAUAACCAUGGAUUCUGAUUCGAGAGUUUAUAAGAGUGGAGGAUUGGUUGUUGAGGGUGACAAGAUCAAGGCCAUUGCUUCUUCUGCCGAAAUACUCGAGCAAUUUUCCUCCCUAUCAGACGAGGUUAUUGAUCUUAAUGGCCGAAUUGUACUCCCAGGAUUUAUUAACACUCAUGUCCACACAUCUCAACAACUCGGAAGAGGGAUAGCUGAUGAUGUCGAUUUGAUGACGUGGUUGCACGAUCGUAUAUGGCCUUAUGAGUCAAACAUGACAGAGGAGGACUCUUAUAUUUCAACUUUACUCUGUGGUAUCGAGCUCAUACACUCUGGAGUAACAUGCUUUGCAGAGGCAGGUGGGCAGCAUGUCACAGGAAUGGCGCGGGCAGUAGAAUCACUGGGUAUACGUGCCUGCCUAGCACAAUCCACCAUGGAUUGUGGGCAGGGUCUACCGGCAAAUUGGGCUAACCAUACUACAGAGUACUGUCUCCAGUCUCAAAAGGAGCUUUACAAUAAGCACCAAGAUACAGCAGAAGGACGCAUAAGGAUAUGGUUUGGUUUGAGACAGAUUAUGAAUGCAAGUGACAACUUACUACUUGGAACAAGGGACAUUGCAAAAGAAUUAGGAACUGGCAUUCAUAUGCAUGUUGCAGAGAUUCCUUAUGAGAAUCAGGUGGUGACGAAUACAAGGGGAGUUGAUCACGGAACGGUUACUUAUUUAGAGAAAAUAGGGCUUCUACAUUCCAAUUUGUUGGCAGCGCAUGUUGUUUGGACAAAUGAUAACGAGAUUGAUUUUCUCUCAAAGGCUGGGGUCAAAGUAUCUUAUUGUCCUGCAGCUGCAAUGCGGAUGCUAGGUUUUGCUUCCAUAAGAGAAAUGUUGGAUGCUGGAAUUUGUGUGUCCUUGGGGACAGAUGGAGCACCAUCAAAUAAUAGAAUGAGUAUCAUUGAUGAGAUGUAUCUUGCAUCUUUGAUUAACAAAGGACGGGAAGCUCAUGUCAAAGGCAUGACUGAUCCAACGGCUGUACCUGCAGAGACAGUAUUAAAAAUGGUGACAGUAAAUGGUGCAAGAGCAGUCUUGUGGGAUAAUGAGAUAGGCUCUCUUGAGGUUGGAAAGAAGGCAGACGUAGUAGUAAUCAAUCAUUCCUCAUGGUCAAUGGUUCCUAUGCAUGAUUGUAUUUCCAGCCUUGUUUACUCAAUGCGAACAGAAAAUAUUGAUUCUGUUAUGUGCAAUGGCAAGUGGGUCAUGCGUGGGCAAAAGAUAUUGACUGUAAAUGAGGAAGAACUGUUAUCACUGGCGAAACAAGCAUCCAGUAAACUUUUGAAGCGAGCAGGUAUUGUAAUUCCAACCAGAAUGAAUUUCCUGUGAUUCUGAAUCUUGAAAAAUGAACUUCGUCCUCUUUGAUCCGCUUUCUUGUUUAUGUGAACUAAAUAUUUGAACCUUCAAAUCCCUGUGAUUUCUGGCUAUAAAUAAUGAAUAGACUAAUUUAUCUGCUCCUCUUUCACCUGCAUCUUGUUUAUGUAAACCAAAUGUGUCUUUUUAAAUUGGAAGUCCUAUGUGUUACUGUGUUUAGUUGUGUAAGCUGGUUAUGCAAUGUACAAAGUUUGAAGGUUUAACCUACAAAUCAGUUGUAAUUUUAAUGAUCCGAAAGGGCCAUUAAGUCUUCAGCGUCCACUAGUCUGAAGUUCAUGUCUUUUAAAGUCCUUAACAGUAGUUUUGAAGCCAAGUUAAAUGAAAACAAGUGUGAGAAUCCUUGUGUGCUCUCAUGUUUCAAAAUAACAUGUGAAUGUUGCUGAGCCUACCAUGUGAUAAAUGGAAAAGUUGGAAUUUA